GGGUAUCUCCUGAUUUGUAGGGGAGGCACAUAAGCUCCGAAGGGCAGCCACUCGAAUCGAAACCUGCCACCAAACCACACCAGUCCGCAAUCAUCAGCCGAGAGCAGAAGCACAAGAACGGUAUUGAAGAAGGCAUCGAAGAAGGCAUACCAAUAUCUCAAUGGUGCGAGUCCAGUUUCUCGCGAUGGUGGCAGCUGCUGCCUUGGUCACGAGUGCUGACGGGCUUCAGGUUGUCCCCAAUUCGGCCAAGUCCAAGUCGCUACGCGUGCCUGCUGAAGCCCGGUACCAGCCUUACGUGGAAGGCAAGACGGACCGGUUCCUGAUCAGUGAGGCCAAGAACGACGUAGCCACCAAGCCCCCGACUGGCUACGUGUUCUCCACGCUCCAGAAUGACGACAACGACAUGCUUCAGGAAGACGACGAUGACAACUAUGAUGACGAGAGCGAGAGCUCAUCUUCCGACGGCUCAAGCAGCGAAGAGAGAGCCUGGAGAAGGAAGAAGAGGAAGAGGAGACGGAGGAAGAAAAAGAAACACAAAGAGACAGAGACGCCAACGCCGACUCCAACUCUCGAGCCAAAUGCGACUGGGACCCCAGCUCCAAUUCGAAGGACCCCAGAGCCUGACAGGUGGGAUGAUAACUUUUUGGGCUGGAUUUUCCGUAGGAUUAAUGACUAGGGGUGUGCGCUGAGCACUCUAAGGCACAACAUAGUGUCCUUAAAUGAAUUCCACUCGUGUCCGAAACAAGCGGUGGGCUCUGUUUGCUGCAUACCAGUAGUAAGUACAUGUAUGUAGUCAUUAAUUCAACUGCUAUUCACGUCGACAUGUCCAACCAUUUGGAUCCGCGAG